CUAUUUAAUACCGAUUGCUUCACGAUUGUAUGGAUUUAUUGGAAGAAUUUACCCAAGUAGACUUGGCAGACGAAGUACCAACGAGUACUAGUAUUCUUUCAUCUAAAUACACAGAGGACAAUCUAGUUGAUAGUUUGCUUGACAAGAAUCAUAACGAGAGAAAAUCCCCACAUUCUUUCCCUGAUAGUUGUAAAUUACUUUCAAUAUUACCUAGGUCGAUCGAAACUCGUUUGAAUCCAUUGUUUCCAGAAUUGACCCAACAUUGAAUCAUAUUGGUAUACUGUAAAAUGAAGAUUUCGUCGUUUCCGUUGGGUCUCAUUCUGCAUAAUAUAUUGAGCACCAAUAUACACACUUUUUACUGAUUUUUCUGCUAAUGGGAAACGUGGGCAAUUUGGAAAGAGUGGCCGAUUGUAAAUAGGCCCGCGCAAUUUUGAUUUGAAA